AUGCGGCUUUGGGUGGUUGCACUCUUGCAGAGCCAGGCCUGGGGGGUUGCCGCCUCCAGCCUGUCCCCGGUGCAAAUUGCGCAGCUGCGGCUUGCGGCAAAGUUUGCACCGCUUGACACAGAGUUUUGUGGAUCCGUGGGUGGAUUGCCUUCACCUGCUGACUUCCAACUCGCGCAAGAUCCGCUAUUCAAGUUCUUCGCGUACGAUACGCAGGACGACCUCACCUGGGUGUUGCGAGAGGAGGUUCAACAAUGCUUGGAAUCCGUGAGCAACAGCGCCGUCAAUGGUACGGAAUGGGUCGGACAAGCCAACCUUUGGGAAGCCGCGAAGGGCAUGUUCCAAAAGCUGGGCCAGAGUGUAGAUCCCAACAACUGGAUCCGUCGCCAGUGGCUGGAGUUGAACCCUACGCUUGCUGCGGAUACGGUUCUUCGAACUGCCUCCUAUAGAACAGCGCCCAUGAGCAGCUACCCUGAUGCGUCUCUUAUCCAGCAACCAUGCAAUGCGCUGUCAAACUAUGCCUACUAUGAGAUCGCUUUGAUUGCGUGCAACAAUGCGGUGAGUGAUUUUGGUGGCACAUGGCCUUGGAGAUCUGAAGCCAUCGCAGCUCCUGUGAUGCUGGCAUUCGCCUCCUUUUCCAUGCAUAGCAAUCCCAUCCGAAAUCCAUUUGACACAAAUGUCUUUGACCCUUUGGCAAUACGAGUCUUAGCCUUCCAAUUGUUUCAGGGCUAUGUUCGGAGCCUCGCAGUGGACCUCAAUGAGCCGGGUGUUGCAGUUGUUUUGGGAAUCACCCCAGACGAACCUUUUGGCGAUGCACGCGAUCUUGUGAGGCAACUUCAUAGCAUCUGGUCAGGCCCGGCAGCUCAAUGGGCUUCUGCCCAAGCCCUGAUUGAAAGUGUGCCGGAUUUUGAAAUAAGCGUCUCUUCGGUCAUCCUCAUCUUGAUGUACAACCUCCUCUCCGACACAGUUGGCCCAGGGCUUGGACGGUUCUUUUAUCGGGAGCUUUGCAUUUUUCUGGCCGAUGCCGUGGUGAGAGAGUCUGAUGGAAGAGAGGUUGGCAGAGAGAUUCUUUGCGAACUUAGUUCGCCAUUUGUGGACGCCAUCGCGUCCACAACAUGGAAACGGCCUCCAACCGUUGCUCAGGGUUGGGCUGUGCUGCUCGGAAUUCUUGAAGGCUAUGUGCAGGCUGCUUUGUGGGAGGAAUCGAUAUUGACUGAAGAGAAUUACUUCAGCCCGUGGUUUGAUCUCGUGAACUCGACGGAAUGCUGGCGCAUGCCGCAUGCCAACUGGCACCGUUUGACUGCAGUGGUUGUAAGAGAUGCUCUACAACUCAUUUUGGAGGACAUACCAGCGACUUUUGUUCCACCUGUUGCUGGAUUCCCAAACCUUAUCGACGGGCUUCCCGCAGCCAUCGGCAACGCUUUGGCUCUGGUGAACUCGGUGACUAACUUCGUCGACGGAGCCAGCGGCUUGAAUCUGUGUCGGAUAUUUGAGCUUGCAAAAUUCAAUGCUGAAGUUGGCAUCGGGUCUCUUGUGGACACUGGGACCGCAGCCCUGCCUCUGUUCGACAAGUCGCUGCUGAACCGGCCCACCUCACAGCAAGAGCCGUGA